AUGAAGCGGAUUAAGAGCGGCCGAUUGCCCUGUUUUGCUCAAUUCUAUCUCUCAUCGAGUCAAUUAUGGCCGUCCCCACGAUCUUGGUUCCCUAGUGGACUAAAUGAAGGCGACACGGUCAUCCUCAAUGAGCCCACCACCUCGAACUGGACCAUCGAUGAAAUGGUCGAUACGCAUAGCUAUCAAUGCCAAGAUCGUUCACUCGACUCUUACGCAUCUGUCCUGUUCAGAUGCCCCAAUACAACCAAUGGAAAAGAGGCUUUUAUGCGUCUUUGUUUCCAAGUUCCACACGCCGGUCAUGAGAAUGCGGACAAAGCUUCCCGUACCCGAGAAGCAACUAAAUUCACACCCCCUGAGCUAAAAGCAUACAAAUUUCUCAUUAGCAAACGCUCUCAAAAUACACCUACACUUCUAGCAUACGACAUAGGGUCUCAGGAUAGCUUAGGUGCAGUUCCCAAAGGCCAUACAUAUCACAUGGAUUGUAUGGGAGACGGUUCCCGGAAAACGCCUAGGAGAUUUCAAAUCUGCCUUUGUGUACUGGGAUAUGGACUACGAUGA